UAGAAACAGGGCAGGGUCCAAAUGAACGCGCUUCAGCCGCGAGCAAGCGAGCGAUUUCACAAUAAACACGAGUGACAUAAACAGGACCGACAAGACCGAAGAAACCCAAUGUUAAUGUCUGGCGGCGAAACGGCUCGGUGUGAUGCGGGCGGCGAUCAACAGGAGCGACUGCGUUAACGUACUUAGCAAGCUAACAGUUGCUGGCGCUCCGGGAUACGGGUCAAGUUUGUCAAGUUUCGCGAAGGCUUCAGUUUGAGGACAUCAGUGUGUUUGCAGUGAGAGAUAUCAGUCAUUUGUGUCGUGACCAGCAUGUCCGUCAACAGUCCUUGAUCGCUGCUGUUGUUUUGAAUUAUUACGUUUUUAAAUUUAUGUUCAGGACUCUAUAGGCUGCUAAGCGGAUUAUUUUGAGUUUCAUCUAAAAAAAAAAAAAAUAUGGAUCAAUAAUGUUUAAUUGUUAGGUCUGAUGACGUCAUGCCAUUUAUUAUUACUAUUUUGAUGCCAGUGGUGUAGCGGGCACGAGUGCCAGCUAUGGAGUGUGGCGGUUAAUUAGCGUUAGCAGUGCUGCUGGGUGUCGCUUCACCAACUGAUGAACGAUGAAUUCAGAUCUGGAGGCCAUUUCUCUGUCUGUGCCCUCUCUCAGCCAGCCCCUGGAGAUGAUGAUGGUGAUGAUGGGAGGCAGUGAUGGAGAAUCCAGUGCUGGGACUAAUUCUGGUGCUGGGGCUUUCUGGCAGGAUCCCUCCAGCUGUAAGAGUGCCUGCCCCGGGCUGAUCAGCUCGCCCUCGGACGGGGUCGCCCUGUUGACCCCGGGGAAAUGCAAGAGUCGAGCUGUGACGGUGGCUUAUGUGAGGAACUCCGAGACCAGCCAGCCUCUCAGCACGGAGAACAUGGCACUACAGUGUCUGAAGGAUGCCUGCGACAUCGUGGGCUGUAAACUAGACGUGGUGCCCUUUGGGAAGCUGGACUUUGGCGAAACAUCAGUUCUUGAUCACUUUUAUAACGCAGAUAUUGCAGUGGUUGAAUUGACGGACGCGUUUCGGCAGCCCUCCCUCUUCUAUCAUUUGGGUGUGAGAGAGAGCUUCUGCAUGGUCAACAACAUCAUCCUUUACUGUGAUCACGACUCCGACUCCCUGCAGUCUCUUCAGGAUGUGAUAUGUCAGAAGAACAUGACAUGCGCUGCUAACUACACAUUCAUCCCAUACAUGGUGACGCCUCAGAGUAAGGUGUACUGCUGCGAGAGCAGUCUGAUGAAGGGUUUGAGUGAACUGAUGCAGCCCAGCUUUGAGGCCCUGCUGGGGCCCAUCUGUAUGCCUCUGCUGGACAGACUCACGCAGCUGCUCACCAGCUGCAAGUCCAACACUUGCCAGUACUUUCGUGAGACCGUCCUGAAUGAGAUUCGUAAAGCACGUGAGCUUUACACUGGAGCAGAGCUGGCGGCAGAGCUCCGGCGGAUACAGCAGCGGCUCGACAACGUGGAGUGUCUCUCAGCAGACGUCGUCAUUAAUCUCCUCCUGUCAUACAGAGAUAUUCAGGAUUACGAAUCUAUUGUGAAGUUAGUUGAAACACUGGAAAAGCUGCCGACCUUUGACCCCGUGGCUCAUCCUCAUAUAAAGUUCCACUACGCCUUUGCCCUCAACAGGAGAAACCUACCCGGAGACAGACAGAAGGCGCUGGACAUCAUGCUGCCAUUGGUCAACUCCGAUGAGCAGGUGGCGUCUGAUAUUUAUUGUUUGGUAGGCCGGAUAUAUAAGGAUAUGUUCCUGGACUCUCAUUUCACAGACACAAACAGCAGAGAUCAAGGCAUACACUGGUUUAGAAGAGGGUUUGAAUCGGAGCCCACGCUGCACUCUGGUAUCAACUAUGCAGUGCUGCUGCUGGCUGCAGGACAUCAGUUUGACUCUUCCUUUGAGCUGCGUAAAGUAGGUGUGAAGUUAAGCAGUCUGCUGGGGAAGAAAGGCAGUUUGGACAGAUUGCAGAGCUACUGGGAUGUUGGAUUCUUCCUCGGGGCUAGUAUUCUGGCCUGUGACAACACUCGAGUCAUCCAGGCCUCUGAGAAACUCUUCAAAAUCAAAGCUCCUAUUUGGUAUCUGCGCUCGCUGGUUGAAACCAUCCUCAUUUAUAAGCACUUUACGAAAGUAAGCACAGAUCCGCAGGCCCCUAAACAGGAGCUGGUGGACUUCUGGAUGGACUUCAUGGUCGAAGCCACCAAUAAGGAUAAAGAUGUGACAUCCGUCCGAUUUCCGGUGUUGAUAUUGGAGCCCACUAAAGUAUACCAACCGUCUUACCUCUCCAUAAACAAAGAUGCGGAGGAGAACACGUUAUCCAUCUGGCACGUGACCCCUGAUGACAAAAAAGGGAUCCACGAAUGGAAUUUCAGUGCAGCGUCAGUACGAGGCGUGAGCAUCUCCAAAUUUGACGAGCGCAGCUGUUUUCUCUAUGUUGUGAACAACUCUGAAGACUUCCAAAUUUAUUUCUGCACAGAGAUGCACUGCAAGAGGUUCUGUGAUCUGGUGAACACUCUCACUGAGGAGGCCUGGAAAGGCUCGGAUGAGAACGAGUGUGAAUCUGAGGCUUUAGAGUAUGAUUAUGAGUACGAUGAGCAUGGAGAGAAGGUGGUUCUGGGUAAGGGCACGUUUGGAGUUGUCUACGCUGGCCGUGACCUCAGUAACCAGGUGCGCUUGGCCAUCAAAGAGAUCCCUGAACGGGACAGCAGAUAUUCACAGCCUCUGCAUGAAGAAAUCGCCCUGCAUAAACACCUCAAGCACAAGAACAUCGUGCAGUACCUCGGCUCCAUCAGCGAGAACGGCUUCAUCAAGAUCUUCAUGGAGCAGGUUCCUGGAGGCAGCCUGUCAGCGUUGCUCAGGUCAAAGUGGGGUCCUCUAAAAAACAACGAGCCCACCAUUGGCUUCUACACUAAGCAGAUUCUGGACGGUCUUAAAUACCUGCAUGACAACCAGAUAGUUCACAGGGACAUUAAGGGGGAUAAUGUCUUGAUAAACACCUACAGUGGAGUUUUGAAAAUCUCUGAUUUUGGAACGUCCAAACGUCUGGCUGGAAUUAACCCCUGCACUGAAACAUUUACUGGUACAUUACAGUACAUGGCCCCUGAAAUCAUAGAUAAAGGGCCCCGUGGCUAUGGUAAGCCAGCAGACAUCUGGUCCCUGGGUUGCACCAUUAUAGAAAUGGCCACUGGGAAACCUCCCUUCUAUGAGCUGGGGGAACCUCAGGCAGCAAUGUUCAAGGUCGGGAUGUUUAAAAUCCACCCGGAGAUUCCUGACUCCAUGUCAUCUGAAGCCAAAGCCUUUAUCCUGCGCUGCUUUGAGCCUGAUCCAGACAGCCGAGCCACGGCCAAUGAUCUGCUCACCCAUGAGUUCCUCAAGGUCACAUCACGCAAAAAACGAUCCAAGACCAGCAGCUUCACAGCUCUUACACCAGGGUCCGAGUACCUGCGCAGCAUUUCUCUGCCUGUUCCUGUGGUGGUGGAGGACACCAGCAGCAGCAGCGAGUACGGCUCCGUCUCACCCGACAAUGAGCUCUGCACAAACCCCUUCAACUUCAGGCCAAGCAACAGCAGCAGCAAGAGCUACAGCGAGAGGGAGGUCAAAGGUCAUCGCUCGCUCUUCUUGAGUAUUCCUGUGGAGAACUUUGAAGACCACAGCGCACCGCCGUCCCCAGAAGAGAAGGACUCCGGGUUCUUCAUGCUGAAGAAGGACAGUGAAAGAAGAGCGACUUUACAUCGAAUCCUGACCGAAGACAGAGAGAAGAUAGUGCUUCACCUGCUAGAGGCGCUCACACAGGGGUCUGAGGAGACCAAACUGAAGCACCAGCAUAUCUCCACACUCGUGGCAAGCCUGGGAGAUUUCGUGAGGAUGGCCGACAGAAAAAUAAUCGCCAGCACACUUUCUCAGCUCAAACUGGAGCUGGACUUUGACAGCACGGCGAUCAGCCAACUGCAGGUGGCGCUCUUCGGCUUCCAGGACGCGGUGAAUAAAGUCCUGCGGAACCACAACAUCAAGCCACACUGGAUGUUUGCCCUGGAUAACAUCAUUCGAAAGGCUGUGCAGACUGCCAUCGUCAUAUUGGUGCCUGAAUUGCGUCCACACUUCACGCUAGCAUCAGAGAGUGACCCCGCCGAGCAAGAGGACAUCGAUGAUGAUGCGGUCCCGCAGGGAAACGCUGCGCUCAAGGACAUGGCACCAGCACUCGUUCAUCAUGACGACACUGUGGCCACCUCUGGAGUGAGCACGCUCAGUUCAACAGUUUCCCACGAGUCUCAGAGCGCGCAGAGGUCUAUCAGCAUGGAGCUGGGACGCAUGAAGCUAGAAACCAAAAGGUUGUUGGAGGAAUUAGUAGAGAAGGAGCGAGAGUAUCAGGCCAUCCUGCAGCAGGUCCUGGAGGACAGAGAACAGGAGAUCAAACUAUUAAAGUGUCGAACCGGACCCAUCGAUGCUCCCGUGCAGCAGCUCGUGGAAACCCGCAGCUCAUUGGACGGAGGUGGAGACCAGCAGCUUCUGGAGUGGCUCAAACUCCACGGGGCCGAUGCUGAUUCCAUAGAGACGAUAAUAGCUGAAGAUUACAGUCUUGAUGACAUCCUUCAUUACGUCACCAGAGAUGACUUAAAGACUUUGAGGUUACGAGGUGGAGUCCUGUGUAAACUGUGGAGCGCCAUCACAGCGCACAGAAAAAAGCCCGGCUGAGGACCACCGCCAUCCACACACAACCAAAUAUGUCCGGUGGGAACAAUUCAACUCUCGUGUGAUUGUUUAUAUCACGUAAACGUGCAUUUUAAAUAUUCUAAUGUAAAUAUGUGUGUGAACUUUUCCUUUUUUUAUUGAUCGGUGAAAUUGUAGUUGCGCAAGGAUCCACGCAUUUGAUACGCCAGUGCUGUUACAGCAUCUUUAUACAGGAGGUUUGCUUUAUUUUUGAUAUUUGUUUACAGAAACGUGUCCUGAGAAGCUUUUCCAGUCCAAAUCUCUCCCGUCUGCAGUUUAAAGACGUUGAAACUAAAGACAUGUAUGUGUUUUAUAUAUUUGUACAUGUAUCAUUUAUAACCUGGGUAAUGUCUCCAAAUCUAUUAUUAUUAUUUUUAAUCAACGCUAGUUAUAUUAGCAGAAUUACAGCUAUGAAAAACUCAAUUAUGAGUCAAAAGUACUGUGUUUCUAUGUGUUAAAGUCUUCUAGAGGUACAUUCCUGAGAUUAUAUAUGUAUAAACUGCACAAUGUUUUGCUAUCCAGAAGCACAGAGGAUAUCUCAGCGUGUGUUUUAGCACUUAUAUCAGGUUAUUCAGCAGCACAAGUCGUCGUUUUCUGGAGACUGAAGAGUUUAGCUGAUGCCAGUUUUUAUAACAAGUUAAGUUAUAACUGAAGAACACGUCUAAAAGAAUCAUCCUGUGCUUUUAUUUCAGUGAUUAUUUAUUAUCUUACACACACAUGCACACACAGGGCUAUGUGAAGUUUCAAUCAUGUAAUGGACAAGUUUGAUGUUUGCAUGAUCCGUCUUUGCAUUCUGUCGCUUUCAUUGUGUGCAAAUCCAGAUUUCACUUCUGAAGUGAAUAAAAGAGUUGAAAAACA